UCCAUCAGGCUGUGCCUGCACCUCCUCUCCAUCCCAGCAUUUACUGUGAUGUCACCAGGCUAGGCUUUGCCAUGCAUUUGUGAUGCCCACUUGUGGCAGCUGCAGCUGCUGUGGUAUCAGUGUGGGCAGGACGUCAAGGUGGGCAACACUGGGCUGCAAAGACAACGCAAUGCUCUCACUUCUAAUUACAUUGCUCAUGGCAUCUAAGGGACACGCCCAUGACCACCAAGUUCUGUGUGGCCACAGACCUGCCUUUCCAAACUCAUCAUGGUUGCCGUUCCGUGAGCUGCUUGAAGUCCAGCAUGGUGAAUUCCCAUGGCAAAUUAGAAAUAGCAGUGGUGAACAUCACUGUAGUCAUGGGAACCAAGACUUUCAGCGACUUCAACUUGGAGAGAAAGCAAGUGCAGAAGAUCAUUGCUCACAAGGAUUACAAGCCGCCCCACCUUGAUAGCGACCUCUGCCUGCUCCUGCUCGCCACACCAGUCCAAUUUAAUAAGGUCAAAAUACCCAUCUGCCUGCCUCAGAAGGAGAGCUCCUGGGACCGGUGCUGGAUGGCAGAGUGGACGUCAACUCACAGCCACGGCUCAGCCAGAGGCUUCAACAUGCACAUGACGAAGCUGAGAGUGGUGCAGAUUAAAUGGAGAGCAUGUGCCAAGAGGGUGGCUCAGCUCUCCAGGAGCAUGCUUUGUGCCUGGAAGGAAGUAGGCACCAACGGCGACUGCCAGGGAGACAGCGGGGCACCCAUGGUCUGUGCUAACUGGGAGACUCGGAGGCUCUUUCAAGUGGGUGUCUUCAGCUGGGGCAUAACCUCAGGUUCCAGGGGGAGGCCCGGGAUGUUUGUGUCUGUGGCUCAGUUUAUCCCAUGGAUCCUGGAGGAGACACAGAGGGAGGGAAGAGCCCUCACCCUCUCAAAAGCCUCGAGAAGCCCCUUGACUUGCGUUUCACGAUACCCCAUGUUGCUAAGCCUGGGGUCUCAAAUACUGCUUGCUGCCAUGUUUGCCGGGGAUAAAUCAAAUUGCUAAGCU